CAGUUGACAAACUGUCAAUUAGUUGCGUCAUCGCCGUCAUCUAGAUUUGCAAUGAUUUGGAUAGAAUAUGUUUUUUAAUUAGUCAAUAAUCUAUAUUAAUUACAAGAUGUCUUCGUCAGCAAUUUAUAUAUUAGACGUUAAAGGUAAAGUUCUCAUCUCGAGAAACUACCGGGGCGAUGUCGACAUGGGCGUUAUAGAUAAGUUUAUGCCUCUUCUGAUGGAGAAAGAGGAAGAAGGCAUGUUGACGCCUUUGCUACAGACCAGCGACUGCACCUUCGCCUAUAUCAAGACGAACAACCUAUACAUCGUAUCUACAACUAAGAAAAAUGCAAACAUUGCCCUUGUUUUUGUAUUCCUGUACAAGAUAGUUGAAGUUAUGACAGAGUACUUCAAAGAACUCGAAGAGGAGAGUAUCAGAGAUAAUUUCGUUGUUAUCUAUGAGUUGCUCGAUGAAUUACUAGAUUUUGGAUAUCCUCAAACUACUGAUAGCAAAAUCUUGCAAGAGUAUAUAACACAAGAGGGUCACAAGUUGGAAAUGCAACCUCGCAUACCUAUGGCAGUUACUAAUGCAGUUUCAUGGAGAUCAGAAGGCAUAAAAUACAGAAAAAAUGAAGUAUUCUUAGAUGUUAUUGAAUCUGUUAAUUUAUUGGCUAACUCGAAUGGUAAUGUUCUAAGAAGCGAAAUAGUCGGCGCUAUAAAAAUGCGAGUUUACUUAUCUGGUAUGCCCGAAUUACGACUCGGACUGAAUGAUAAAGUGCUCUUUGAAAGCACUGGUCGAGGAAAAUCUAAGUCUGUUGAACUGGAAGAUGUGAAGUUUCAUCAGUGUGUCAGAUUGUCACGUUUUGAAAAUGAUAGAACAAUCUCAUUUAUACCACCCGACGGUGAAUUUGAAUUAAUGUCUUAUAGAUUAAAUACACAUGUCAAGCCACUGAUUUGGAUAGAGUCUGUCAUUGAACGUCAUGCGCACUCCAGAGUGGAGUACAUGAUAAAAGCUAAAUCUCAAUUCAAGAGGCGUUCCACAGCUAAUAACGUCGAGAUUAUAAUCCCAGUGCCUGCUGAUGCUGAUUCACCAAAAUUCAAGACAACCAUUGGAAGUGUGAAGUAUACCCCUGAACAAAACGCUAUAACAUGGUCUAUUAAAUCAUUUCCUGGAGGCAAAGAGUACUUAAUGAGAGCACAUUUUGGCUUGCCAUCCGUCGAAUGUGAAGACACAGAUGGCAAACCACCGAUCCAAGUUAAAUUUGAAAUUCCAUACUUCACAACGUCUGGUAUUCAAGUUCGUUAUCUUAAAAUUAUAGAGAAGAGUGGCUAUCAAGCCCUACCAUGGGUUAGAUAUAUCACUCAAAAUGGCGACUACCAGUUAAGAACUAAUUAAUAAAAACACAAGUUGAUAGACUACAUUCCUUCUAUGUAUAAGUUGCACUUAGUAUGUAAUCAUAAUCAAUAUUGUAUUUGCAAUUUUAAAUAAUUUGUAUUUUAGAAGUAUUAUUGUGUAAGAACUAUUUUGACCCUAUAAUAAAAUGUUAGUUAUUUGAA